AUGGCCCCGACAAUGGUGGACCUUUUCGCGCGAGAUGACGGCUGUGGAUAUGGUUAUUUCUUUGAUGGAAUCGGCUGUCGGCGCAAGAGUGGGUGGUACUUUUGGGGCAGAUGGGUGCUCGCUGGUAUCGCCAUCGUUUUCGCAUUGUUUCUCUUGUUCUGUUGCUUGUGCAUCUCAAGACGCAAUCGCAGACGUGGUGUGACGCCCAUGUACGGCACCGGCUGGUUGGGUGGCGCCCCAGCCCAAGGAAGUCGGCCCCAUGGCAACAACAAGCACAACAACAACGGCUAUGAGAUGAACAACUACCAGUCUGGAUACACCCAGGGCGGCUACACCCAGCAGCAGCCUCCCUACGGCGAAGGAUACGGAUAUACUAGCCCUCCCCCGUAUGGUCAGGCACCUGUGGGCAACCAGCAGACAGGCACAACGUUCCAUACCAACGAUGGAUACAUGACCGGCCAGCCUCAAUACGGUGUUCAGCAGCCUCAGACCUCAUACCAGCCCGACGGCCAUUACCAACCUCCUGCGGGACCACCUCCAGGAAAGUAA